AUGAGCCAAGGGGGCUCUAGACGUCCCUACUCGCGCGGGGGCCCGCGCUGGCACCCUCGCUACAAGGAAUACUGGGACUACGAACAGAACUACAGUGAUGGCAGCAGCGCCGGCAGCCCGAAGGAGGCGUGCGUCGCGCAGUCCCCGCCCCCCCCACCAGCACCCUGCCGCGCCGGCCAAGCGGCAGCAGCACCACCACCAUUCUCACCACGAUCAGCGGCGGCUCAGCGUCGAGGUGCGCGUGAGUCCCGGCGCGGCGGGCACGUCUGCCGAGUCCCCACAUUUGCACCAUGCUCCACAUCAUCACCACAAUAUGGACACUAA